AUGGAUCCAUGUCCCUUCGUGCGCCUCAUCGUUGAAUCCCUCGCUCUCAAGCUUCCCUCCCCAACCAAACCACCACCACUCUCCGGCGUCCACCCCUCAACCACCCCCUGCUUCUGCAAAAUUCGGAUCAACACCUUUCCCUCGCACACCGCCCUCCUCCCUCUCUCUUCCUCCUCCUCCGCCCCCGACACCACCACCUCCGCCCCUGCCUUCCACCUCGACCCCGCCGCCCUCCGCCGUCUCUCCGGCAAACCCCUUACCCUCGCACUUUCUGUCUUCAACGGCCCAAUGGGCCGCACUUGUGGCGUUCGUGGCGCCAAGCUAUUGGGCCGGGUUCUCCUCACCAUUCACUUGCCCACUGCCCUCUCUCGCUCCAACACCUUCCACAAUGGGUGGGUCAAGCUGGGUGAACCGGAUAACAAGCCCUCGGCUCAGCUUCACCUUGUGGUCCGGUCUGAACCCGACCCACGGUUCGUCUUUCAGUUCGGCGGUGAACCGGAAUGCAGCCCCGUGGUUUUCCAGAUUCAGGGGAAUAUCAGACAACCCGUUUUCAGUUGCAAGUUCAGCGCCGAUCGCAAUUACAGAUCCCGGUCUCUUCCAUCAGAUUUUACAAACAAUCCUAGUGGAUGGGGAAGAUCUUCCACAAGUGAUAAAGAACGUCAAGGGAGGGACAGAAAGGGUUGGAUGAUAAUGAUUCACGAUCUCUCAGGCUCACCAGUAGCUGCAGCCUCUAUGGUGACACCAUUUGUGCCUUCCCCUGGCUCAAACCGUGUGUCAAGAUCAAACCCAGGUGCAUGGCUCAUUCUGCGGCCCAAUGGGGCCUCUGUGAGUAGCUGGAAGCCAUGGAGUCGUCUUGAGGCAUGGCGAGAAAGAGGUCCUGUUGAUGGCUUGGGCUACAAAGUUGAGCUUUUGUCUGACAAUGGACCCGUCAAUGGAAUUCCCAUUGCUGAAGGCACAAUGAGUGUCAAAAAGGGUGGCCAAUUCUGCAUUGAUUACAAGGUGAUGAAGGAUGCUGGAUUGGGUUCAAGGUUACCCGGGGAAGGGUUUGUGAUGGGUUCAACUGUGGACGGUGAAGGCAAAGUUAGCAAACCUCUUGUACAAGUUGGUGCACACCAUGUCACGUGCAUGGCUGAUGCUGCUCUCUUCAUUGCUCUCUCUGCUGCUAUUGAUCUUAGCAUGGAUGCUUGUAGGCUUUUCUCGCAUAAACUUAGGAAGGAGCUUUGCCAUGUUGAACAAGAUUCCCUUUCAUAA